UCGAUUGCUUCCCAUCUCUAUUAAGCCCAUAACCUUGUUUAUUAUUUUUAUUUGCUUCCUGCUAGAGAAAAACAUUAAACAUUAGAUAAAAAAUAUCAAACAAAAUGACCAACAAUGAUGCCCUGGCGGAGGCAGCCGGUUCCAGUCGAGCUGGCGGCAGCAAGCAACAGCCCAAGCUUGAGAUCACCGAGAAAGUGCGGGUCCUGUGCCUGCACGGCUACCGACAGAAUGGAGAUGCCUUUAAAAACAAGCUCGGCUCCUUCCGAAAGUUCGCCUCCAAAUAUGCGGAGUUUGUGUUCAUUACGGCGCCACACGUGGCCCCCGCUCUGGAGUCUGGGGCGGAACCUGUGCCGGAGCAAAGGAGCUGGUGGGCAAACAAGGACGAUGGAACUUUCAAAGGAACAAACAAAGGUGGUCCCGCCUUCGGCUUCCAGGAGAGCCUGCGCUGCGUGGAGGAGGCGUGGCGAACUCAGGGUCCAUUCCAAGGACUCCUCGGCUUUUCGCAAGGCGCCUGUUUUGUGGGCCUAAUUUGCGGCCUGGCCAAAAAGAAGUUGACCUCCAUCCGCCCGGAGUUUGCAGUGCUUUCCUCCGGCUUCUUGUCCGGCAGUUUGGUGCACAUGAGCGCCUACGAAGAGGCAAUCAGCAUUCCAACUCUGCACAUUUACGGUCAGACGGAUGAGAUCAUACCAAAGGAGCUGAGUGAAUCCCUGGCUGCGCACUUCAAGAACGCGGAACUGUUGGAGCACAGUGGCGGCCACUACUUCCCGGCCACGGCGCAGCAGAAGCAGACGUUCAUCAACUUCUUCCAGGACCGGCUGCAGGAGUACUUGGAGCACCAAGAGCUGCAACAGAGCGGCAAUGCCUCCUUCGUGGACAGCGGGGCGGAGGAUGACAACGAUGCUGAGGUGGCCGCCAUGACGGCCGAACUGGACGAGAGUGAUUAGCUGAAGGACAGGGUUUUUUCGUUCGUUUUUAAUAAUAAUUAAAUCUUAUUAUUACAAAAAUAAUGAUUUGAUUAUAAAUUAUAAUAUAAUUAGA